GCGGUUCAUACUGCUCGCAAAAGUACUUGCAUUGAGUGGGUGAUAUAUUUAGAAAGACAAAACCUAGCUAUACGGUGCGGGCCUACGACCAUGCGCUGUGGAAACCUACACAGUAAAGGUACAGGAAGGACCGCCUACCACCGAUGGAUGCGGAGAUGGAAAGCCGCUUGGUCCUGGCCAAUUGCGUGGAAUUUAGGAUGGAUCCCGUUGAGUGUGACUGAGCACCGAAGUUCCUACUGUGUGAAACACUUCCCAAGAGUAGAAAAUGGUCGCACGACGUACUGGGGUACACACGAGGAUACUCAAUGAAAAGAGGGUAGGCAACC